AACGCUUCCUCUGAAAUCUCUGACCCGAUAGUUUAGUCACAAAAUCUGCAUGUGUACGUUGUUGCUUACCGCGUCCCAUACAUCUCUCUCUCUUUUUAAUGCUAAUAUAUACAAAACACCGUCCAUCCACAAAGAGAGAAAAAAGAGGCAGAAAAAGGCAGUUUUAAAAGACUGGCAGAAACUAAGCAUCCUAGGCCACAUCUCCUUACCCUUUUCCAAGUUUCCUGUUACUUUAUUUAUUCAUUCCCCAAUUUUCUACACUCCCUCAUUAAUUAAAACAUUUUUUUAUGUUUUCGGUUCCUUUCUUUCCUUCACUUAUUAUAUAUAUGCUCCCCACUUCUUGUCCACCACCUUUGUGAACAUAUUCCUCAAUCAAGAGACCUAGUUUUGGCUUUGGUUUUGGUUUUGGUUUUGGCUUUUGGGUCCAAGAACUGGUUGAGAAGAAAGCCUGAGAGAUCUGAAGAGAAAGGUUUGUUUCAAGUUUUGAUAUUUUGGGUUGGUUGAUUUAGAUGGCCAUUGAAGCUCAGAUGCGUUCAGAGAAUCUUGGGUUUCCAUUGUGUGGCUCACAGGAUUGGAUGGUAGACAAUGGUUGUGGUGGCGGUGGAGGUGGGUUCAGUGACUUCUGUUUCAAUGUUCAACAGAAACACCAACUUCAACAACAACAACAACAGCAACAACAGCAGCAACAACUACAAAACCAGCAGCAGAUAAAUCAAAAUCUCUGCUUUGAUACCAGUUUUCUGGUUCCCACUUUGGAAAACAACAAUACUUGUAGCAGCAUUAUGGCCUCCUGUUCUCAAACUAUGGAAGCUCAGGCUGCCAAGCAUAGACAAGAGAUUGAUCAGUACAUCAGAUUACAGAACGAGAGAUUGAGAUUGGUACUUCAAGAACAGAGAAAACAGCAGCUUGCAAUGCUGUUGAAGAAAAUAGAGUCUACAACCCAAGUACUAUUAAAGCAAAAGGAUGAUGAAAUAACACAAGCGAACAGGAGAAGAAUGGAGCUUGAAGAUUUCUUGAGAAAAUUGGAGGCUGAAAACCAAGCAUGGCAGAGAGUGGCACAAGAAAACGAAGCCAUGGUUAUGUCCUUAAACAACACUCUAGAACAGUAUAGAGAGAGAGUCUCGUGUUGUCUCAUUAAUGGGGCAGACGAUGCAGAGUCUUGCUGUGAUAACAGAGAAGAAGAAGAAGCAGAGAGUGAUGGUGUUGAUUAUGAACAGAUAAGGAUGAAGAUGAAGGUUUGCAAAAGCUGUAAUUCCCGGAGUUCGUGUGUCCUGUUCCUUCCUUGCAGACACCUAUGUUCAUGCAAAGCUUGUGAGGCGGUUCUUGAUUGUUGCCCUGUUUGCAGAACACCAAAGAAGGCCAGCAUAGAGGCUUUGAUUUUCUAGGCUGAUUUUCCGGGAAAAAGUGAAGAGAGAAAAAAAAAAAAAAGGGAAAGAAAGUGACUGAGAAUGCUUGGUUUUAGCAGGAUGAUGUUAAUGAUGAUCAUUGAUGAUGGAGUGAACAGAACCAUUUUCGAUGCAAAUGGUUUUUUUAAUUAUUUUAUUUACUUUCUGCCCUUUUAGGGUCUCUGAAUUUAGAUUUUAGUUUGUACUUUAGACGACCAACAACCCAAUUGAACAGAAAAAUACAGCACAGAGCAUCUUUUUCCUUUCAUGGAGGGUGCUGCUUUUUUCCUUUUUCAA